UCAAAUUCGAAUACCUUUCGUUCGGACUGUUUUGUUUUCGAACAUCUUUCAUUCGAAUCAAACCAAACGUCAAACCCACUUUGUUUAUGAAGGAGUGAAUAAUUUCCGCAGCGGAUGAGCGGUGAACUGCAAAAAUGGAAAAAAACAAAAACAAAACAACCACUAAAAAUCAGUUCGAGCGGAUUGUGCUGCUUCUGGAGCAAGAGCCGGACAUAGCAAAGGGUUUCUCCCGAGGAAAUUCCGGACCCUUCUGGGAUGAUCUGGCGGCAGAAGUCAAUAGUUUGGGACCGCCUAUUCGCGAUGGAAGUGGAUGGAAAAAGGUUUGGGCGGACUAUAAGUCCGGAUUAAAGCGAAAACUCGCUCACAACAAACGGGAGCAGAGGGCGACAGGUGGAGGACCCAAUAAAAUUAUCAAUUUGUCCGAGCUGGAGGAGCAGGCAGUUCUACUAACUGGGUUACUUGCGACCGUGGAAGGAAUCCCGGGUACCUCAUCUCAUGGAACACAGUUGGGUUCGCCUUCGGGUGAACCUCAAGCUGCAGACCAGGAAAAUUUUAUAUAUUAUGGUACUUCCGACGAGUGUGACGGUAUCAAUAAUACCAUUCACUUCCAGCCCUCUCAGCCGAAAAAAUCCAGACCUUCUACCACGAGGCUAUUAGAGCUGCAAGUCGAGCAACAAAACAAAUUUCACACCAAUGUGAAAUCCCUGUUAAAAAACACAAACAAGAAUUUGAGUGAUCUGGUUCAUUAUCAGCGCCAAUCAGCUCGAGCGAUUCUUUCCGUGGAUGCCACACUCAAAGAACAUCUGAGUGAACAAAAACGACAUAACCACGAGAUGGAGAAGAUCGCGCUGGAGAAAUCAAUAGUCAAGCGACAAAUCCUUGAAACGCAGAUUGCGUAUAUUUCAGAACAUUAGAAUAAUGUUUCAAAAUAUCAGUGAUCUGAUUUUUUAUCUUUAUAUUGUAACUCAAGUAUAAAAAAAUGAAAAAAGUUCUAAUCGUAUUUUUAUAUCUUUCCAUGGAAGAAAAAUCUUACUUAAUUUUUUCUUUGAAGUUUGUUUGGAAUAGCAUCAAAAUUAUAUAAACUUUUUUAAAAUUCACGAAUUUCGCCUAUAGUUUAUGGAACUUCCUUAACCCCUUCACGUACAACAUUGAACUUCACUCGUUGUUUCUCGAUGUGAAAUAAUUACAUAGCUUCAGGCAUAUGAUGAGGAUACCGACA